UCUAGCGAUGGCGAGAGGGAUCCUCGAUCUGGAGAAGCAUUUCGCCUUCUAUGGCGCCUAUCACAGCAACAGGAUCAAUGUCGGCAUCCACGUCGUGUUCGUGUGGCCGAUCCUCUUCACAGCGCUCAUUCUAAUGGCGCUGGCGUCGCCGAAGCCGCUGAUGCCCUUGCCGCUGCCCGCCAAGACGCUGCCGCUCCAGGAUUUCAUGGUGAUCAACUACAGCUUCCUGUUUGCUGGAUUCUACGCGCUCUUCUACACGGCGCUGGAUAAGCGCGCUGGCUCGCUGGCGGCCGCGAUGUGCCUGGCGUGUUGGAUUGGGGCCAAUGCGGCAGCUCAAAAAAUGGGAUUUUCUCUUGGAUGGAAGGUUGCUGCUGGUGGCCAGAUUUUUUGCUGGACUGCGCAGUUCAUCGGCCAUGGAGUGUUUGAGCGUCGAGCGCCGGCUCUUUUGGAUAAUCUCGUCCAAGCGCUGCUCAUGGCACCAUUCUUCGUCUUGCUCGAGGUGCUUCAUGACGUGUUUGGAUACGAACCUUACCCGGGGUUUUACAAGAAUGUUCGGAACAAAGUUGGCGCGGAGAUUGCGAAAUUCAGGUCAGGGAAAUCAAAGAAGGUAUGAUCACGUAAGCAAGCAAAGGUUCUAUCUGCAUUGUACAGUCCUGCUUAUAACAUUGAUGGGAUUUGGAAAAACUAGUUUCUGGCCGAUCCAAACGAAGAACUUAAGAGCACUGUUAAGUCAAGCGAUUGACGAAGAAAAAUGCUCCUCGGCUUGCUCUAUCAUCAAGGAGUUCACACAGGGCUCUCUGAUCAAGUGGCUUGGUUUUGACCUUGAGAAGAGAUUUAAAGUGUCCAAACUCACCUUGAGCAGCGGUGGACGCAAACUUGUAUUUCAAACCGACUUCUCGAGUGUCAAACUCUCGAGUUUCUAUAAGAAAAUUGCGUAACUGUGAUGAUAAGA